AUGGCUGGUCAUUAUAGAAAUUACGCCACAAAAUAUAGUGCUUCGAUGAACACCAGUUUCUUUGGAACUAUAGUUAUCACACCUAGAACAUUUUCGGUCAGAACCGAAACGAAGAUAAGGACGUACACGUUUCCUAACGCACUUGCCUUGCUUUGUGGUGCAUGGAGCGGAGCCAUAGGACUUUAUGUUAUAUGGUUUGGUAGUAAAUCUCUAAGCCCUUGGUGUUGCGUUCAAUCAUACUGUUACUUUUGUGCACGAAAAACGCGUUCGCAACUUCGUGAAGCAUUUCCGACAAUGUCGUUACAGUUUUCGAUGAAUUUAUCAUUGCCAGACUUGUCAACAGACUUAUCAGCUUCAUCGAACAACUCGUUAUCUCAGAAACUCACGGUAGAGAAACGCUUGGACGCGCUGGAGUUGUUACUUAAGGAAUAUGUAAUCGAUUUAACCUACUUAAAAAAUCUAAAUGAUGACAAAUACUCAAACAAAACCA